AUGUCUGUUCCAGGAUCCUACCAGGCGGCCGCUGGGCCUUCCUCGGUGCCAACUGCGCCCCCGUCCUACGAUGAGACAGUGGCCGUCAACAGUUACUUCCCCAUGCCUCCUGCCCUCGUGCCGGGGCCAACCACAGGGCUGGUGACCGGCCCGGAUGGCAAGGGCAUGAAUCCGCCUGCCUACUACACGCAGCCAGUGCCCGGCCCCAACGCCAAUGCAAUUGCUGUGCAGACUGUAUACGUGCAGCGGCCUGUCUCCUUCUUCGACCGUCCGGUCCAGAUGUGCUGUCCUUCCUGCAACAAGAUGAUCGUGACUCAGCUGUCCUACAACGCCGGCGCCCUCACCUGGCUCUCCUGUGGGAGCCUGUGCUUGCUGGGGUGCGUAGCGGGUUGCUGCUUCAUCCCCUUCUGUGUGGACGCCCUGCAGGACGUGGACCACUACUGUCCCAACUGCAAAGCUCUCCUGGGCACCUACAAGCGCUUGUAG